AUGGAUGCAGUUUAUAAGUCGUGUUUUUUGUUUUGGUUUUUUUUUAGGUAACUUGUAGCGAUGGAAAAAGCCGUUGACUGAUAUAAAAAUCCCGAUGUGACCUAUUGAACAGAAUUCUCCCUGUAGAGGUGAGUUGAAGGUUAAAUGAUUAAUAUACUGGGUAUUCUGGGAGAAAUAAGCUUGCUGUUCUAGGGAACCUACAAGCGAUCUCCAAACUGUAGGCACAGGACUGAUUAAUAGGGGUAAUGCUGACUGUAUGAUGACUAAACUUUUUUCCCCAUCAGAUCGAUAAUGUUGAUUUGUGAUGCUUUUUAAGCCAGUUUUGUCUGAUCGUCAGCAAACAUGCUAAUACUGGCACCUGCAGGAAGACUUGGUUUGUGCUAACAUGUGUUUUUAUUACAGGGUCCCAUGGAGAAAGUAGAUUGUGCUACGCCUAUCAUUCGAAAGGAAAUGUGAACCUGUAGGAUCCAGAGACUUGCAACUAAGUGAGUGUAAAUUCUGGAUAAUGUUUUUAUUAUCUAUGUAGGGCUGGAAGAUCUUUAUAGAUUGUAUUGGAAAAUAAUUUGUCAUUGUUACCAUGAAGCUGCAUGGUCAAACAGUGACUAACCUGGCAGCUCCUAACCAAUGAAUUGCUUCCAGACCUGCUAAAAUGUGGUACAUGGAAAUGUUAAACAGAUCCUGAACAGUUUAUCAGAUUGCCACUGGGCACGAUCUGUGGGUCACUAUCAUAGUUUGCAGUGCCAUGUUUACCUAGUUAACAAUACUGAGACAUAAUGAGAAUAAGUCCAAAUUCUCACUGGAUGCUGCUUAAUGCUAAUGUAAAUAUUACUAUCGUCCAAUCUGAUCUCAUUCUGCUGUGUAUGAUGACUGAAACUUUUUUCCCCAGCAGAUCGACUGUGGUGACUUAAACUUGAAUUAAGCCAAACCGUCUGAUACGCAGAUGAGAUGUCCUUAGUCUUUUGGUUUACACUUGAUAUCUAGAUUACUAUUUUUUUUUUUUUUGAGACCAUAACACUUUCAUUUACUUUCUCUUAGGAUCCCAAUGAAGCAAUGGCCUGUAUUACAAGAUUUGACAACAUUGCAAGAUCACAGGAUGCUGUCUCAGACGUCUGCCCAGCUGGAGCUCUCUUCAUGUAAAGAAUGA